CAGCGCGCUUCCUCGCCGUGACGUCAAAUUCGUGUGCCGUCAGUAGAAUACAAUACAGAAAACAAGUGGUCAUGUCGCCUCCAGCUGAUUCCGACACCAAUUCUUAUUCAGUGGAUUUGAAAGUGCUGCAGUAUGAAAAAUUUAUUGACGAAGUACUAAAGAAAGAUUUACAGAGAGUAAUGGAGCAACGAGAUGCUGUUUAUGAACAAAUAUCGCAUUACCUGCAGCUCAAGAACACCUUGCAAGCUCUGCAGGGCACAGACUCUCAAUGCCUCAAGGCAGACGUUGACCUGGGAUGUAACUUCUAUGCUCAGGCUCAAGUAGAGGACUCGUCCAAGAUCUACGUGUUAGUGGGCUUUGGCUUCUUUGUGGAGAUGGAGCACGAUGAAGCUCUUCGCUUCAUCGACAAAAAGACCAGUCAACUAACAGCUUUCACAGACCAGUUGACCAACAACUGUGCCACAAUUAAAGCAAACAUCCGCCUGGUGCUUGAGGGUCUACGGGAACUUCAGGGCCUGGUGGACUUGCCAGAACGCAGCAGAAGAGAAGUCUUUUAGAUGUUUCCUUUCUUCGUUCUAUUCUGAGGAGGAACCAGGUCCGCCAUCACGUGAUCAAGAGGAUGAACCAAAAAAUGUUGUGGUUUUUCUAUCAUGGUGACCAGAUUUUAUGAACUAUCAUCUGCAAGCGAAGAGCUGUCUCACUAUGUCUGUAUGUGGACUGAGUUUAUGCAUUGAAUGCAACAUGAGGAAGAAAGUGCUCCUCUGGCAUUCACGUGCGGACAGUUGCCAUGGUGACACAAUGCUGAAUCAGCACUGUUUCCAAAAGGGGCAGGGGCGAUAAGGUUUGAGUAAAUUUGUUGCUACUGAUUGCUUACGUUGAAUUUUGUAACUUGGCAUUAAAAACAUUCUGUGUGGUAUUAAGGUGUAAAUAAAAUGAGAGUCCCAUAUUUUUCAAAAUAUGAUUUGUAUAUUACCAAACAGAACCUGUGAAAUUUUGUGAAUAUGUUCUACGUUGUGCAAGUUGCAACACCUGUGAAAUAAAAUACACAAUAGCUCCUAGCUGGCUUUUUCUU